AUGGCAGACAGUAGUAGCAACAUCAGCCUGACCGGGCAGGUGCUCGAGAGCUUGACAAUCAGCCGGGUCGCAACGGCCAUCUUCAUCUUCUUAACCGCCUCCUUCCUCGUCGACAUCUCCCUGAAGCCUCGAUAUCCGAAAUCCAUUCCACGGGUGGGAUAUGGCGACAGCUACAUCGCCACCUUGAAGAACUGGAUUGGCUAUGUCGUCUACUUUGGGCGUUGGGUAGACGAAGGCUAUGUCAAGUACUCAAAGCACGAUCGCGCCUUUGUCGUGCCCUCUGCGGCGUCCAGACCACAGGAGAUCGUAGUGCCUCGGUCUCAAACAGCGUGGAUGCUGGAGCUGCCCGACAGGAUCCUGUCUACGCACCACGCCCACAAUGAUGUUCUGUACAGCGAGUACAAUUUCCUCGGCAAGGCCUAUUCGGACGACGUCUUCCACAUCAGGGUUGUCCAUAGGAACCUCGCCCGCCAUCUGCCCGGCCUCAUACCUGCCAUCCAGGAUGAAGUGCAUUCUGCCAUUGAUGCGGUCUUUGGCACCGAUACCGUGGAGUGGAAGUCAUUGAAUCUCUGGGAGGCAUGGCUCGGCAUCGUGCCCAGGAUCACCAACCGUGUGCUUGUGGGAAAGCCGACUUGCAACAACGAGGAGUUCCUGAAGAGUAUGGUGCAUUUCGCCGACGCCGUGGUUACCAACAGCUUCAUUCUCAACAUGUUUCCCAAGAUUCUUCAUCCGAUCGUGGGAAGGUUGCUCCAGUGGCCGAAUUGGCGCCACUGGAACAGGGCGCACCAGGUUGUACAGUCUGUCAUCGCUCAGCGCCUGCACGACAUGGCUCGGCAAGCUGCUGGAGAUCCUGCGUACCAAGACUGGACUGCACCCGAGGACUUUAUCACUUGGGACAUCCGGAUGGCCAAGGCGGAAGGGAAGCCAUUCGAGCUGGAUCCGGCCUCAAUAUCGAAGCGCCUCUUGCCCGUCGAGUUCGCAGCCAUUCACACCACGGUCAUCACGGGCCACUUCUUGAUGAUGGACCUUCUGGCAUCCGACCAGUCCCUUGGUUACAUGGACGGCAUUCGAGAGGAGACAGGUCGGGUGCUGAAAGAGGAGGGAGGCAACUGGACCAAGAACGGCUUAUCGCGACUGCUGCGUACCGACAGCGCCAUUCGUGAGAGCAUGAGGGUCAGCAACUUUGCUACUUCGCUGAUCAAGCGGAAGGUAAUUGCAGAGGAGGGCAUUACGAAUGAGUCCGAGGGAUGGCAUGUACCCCGCGGUGGCUUCCUGAUGCUCAACCUUUCCGGAGUACAGCAUGAUCCCGACUUGUACGAGAAUCCAAACAGCUAUGAUGCGUUCCGGUUCUCAAGGGCUAGGGAAGAGUACGAGGAACUGCCGCAAUCGCAAAAGAAUAGCGACGCUUGGAUGAGAGUACAGAAAUUGGGAAUGGUGACGACCAGUGACGCUCACUUGGCGUUCGGCCACGGCAGACAUGCGUGUCCUGGCCGAUUCUUUGUCGCCCAUGAGCUCAAAAUGAUCAUGGCAUAUCUCCUGAACAACUACGAGAUUGAGCCAUUGGCCACUCGGCCGCAGCCGCAGUGGAUUGGACAGACGAUCAUCCCUCCCCUGGAUGUAAAGAUCAGGAUUCGAAGGCGAAAAGCCACAGUUUGA